UGGACUAGAAGUAGCAUCACAUCGUGCUGUUGCAGUGAUAAGUCAUAUCGGCAUGUUCAUUGCCCUUGUUCAAGCUGCAAUGGACGAGCAGUGGAUAGAGGUACCGAACUUAGGCAUUGGAAAGAAAGUCAAAUUGUUUCCAAAACUUGUUUUGCAUUGGAUGAGUUUCGUGAACCUUUACCACGACGUAGUUUCAAUCCCACUGAAAGUUGUCCCUCGGAUGGGGAAGAACAGAUGGAUGAAGAUAUUGAAGUUAUGCAAUACCACAGCAAUAAUGAAAGGGAUGAAGACGAAGACGGAAGCUGUGCAUGCUUGCCGAGAGCCGCAAGAACAGAGAAAAACGCCACUGGUAAAACUGAAGAAAAAGAUCCCAACCCAUUGAGGAAAUUAGUCGUUAAUGCCGUUCUAGACGCUCUCAGGAUUGUGAAGGGAAGUGGAUCUUCUUGCCAAACGUUUGAGGACAUCUUGAAUUAUGGUAAAACUCUUUUGCUAGCCAGCCAUAACAGUGACAAUAUAGAUCGCGAAAUUGUGCUAACCCUGUGGCCAAGAAACUGGAACUCAGUGCAGAAGCUGUUAAAAGAGGAAGGAUAUGAAGAUGCCAAAUUAUUUUAUGUUUGCUUUUGCUGGAAUGAGAAAGAACAAACAAGAAAUGGAAAAGCUAGUAAAAAAAUUGUUUACGCUGGAAAUUAUAGCAUUUUGGAGAAUAAG